AUGUCGGCUGUGUUCACGGGCGCUCGCACCGCCGCCCGUCCGGGCACCUCCGGUCGCGGUCUCGCCUCCCCGGCGCGCCCGGCGCGAUUCAGUCGCACCGCGCGCCCCGCACCCAGCCCCACCCACGCGUCGCCCGGGGAGGAGGCGAACGACGUCAUCGUCGAGUGGGACGUGGUGGUGUUCAGGGACGGCGACGGGCUUAGCGUCGGCAAAGUGGAGUCCGUGCGAGCCAGCGACGGAACGUGCGUGUGUCAGCCACUGUUCCAGGAGGAGGAGACCGGCGUGUGGCUGGAGGCGACGUACACACGGGGGCCAGAGACGGUGCCCUUGGGGGACGUCACGGCGAUCCUGGACGCGGACUUUGCGCAGCGGAUGGCGCCGGACAGGGUGUCCAACCCACACGGGGAACACGCGGAGGAUUUCUGGGAGAUACUGGCGGAGCUGCCGGACGGCGUGCGCCGGGGCGAGUAGUAG